AUGAUGCGCGCUGCUGCGACGGUGGACAACUCCCACGAGGUCGUGUGGCUGAUGGGAUGGGACGGCAUCCUGUCUCCGCGCCCCGAGGGGAACCCGCACUGGUGGAACGCAAACACCGUCUUCGUGCCGUACUGCUCGAGCGACGUGUGGAGCGGGAACGCGCCGCGCUCCAGUCGAGGUGGGUACGCGUUCCUAGGGGCGCGGAUCCUGCGGGAGGUGGUGGUGGAGCUGGUGAGGCACGGGAUGGGUCACGCGCGCACCAUCAUGCUGGCGGGCAGCAGCGCGGGGGGCACGGGAGUGCUGCUGCACCUGGACAGCAUGGCCGCCCAGCUCCGUGCCCUAGGGGUCCCUGCCCAGCUGAGGGGGCUCGCCGACUCGGGAUGGUUCGUGGAGCGCAGGGGGAGCGGAGCGGCCCCCGGCUGCGGAGGGGGGGUCCGGCCCGGGGCGGACUGCGGCCCGGGGGCCCCCGUUCACUCCAUGCAUCACGCCGUCCGGUUCUGGAACGGAUCGGUUCCGGAGCGGUGCCGCCUGCAUCUCCCCCCGGGGGAGGAGUGGAAAUGUUAUUUUGGCUUCAUCACCUUCCAGACGCUCGCCACCCCGGUGUUUGUGGCGCAAUGGCUCUUCGACGAGGCCCAGCUGACCGCUGACAACGUGCAGCUGCUGGGCCCGACUCGGGGCGGCGACCAGCUGCCCUACCUGCGCGAGCUGGGACAGGAGCUGCGCGCCACCCUCCACCCGCUGCCGGCAGUCUUCUCUCCCGCGUGCCUCGCUCACACGCUUAUCACGAGCAGUGGCUGGGCUGACGUCCAGGUGAAGGGGCUGACGCUGCCUCGCGCCCUGCAGUGCUGGGAGCAGAACCUCCAGCACGCAGCGUCCCGAAACGGCACCCAGCAGCAGCAGCAGCCUGCUGCGGAACGGUCACCGCCCGCCGUUGGCAGCGGCGUCGCUGGCGAGGGGGGCAGCAGCAGCAGCGGUGGCAGCAGCAGCACCAGCGCCUCGUCCUCCACCCCGGCGGAGCGGUGGGCGGCGGCGGCCCCGGCGGCCCCGGCGCCUUGCGCCUUCCGCGCUGUCGACAGCUGCCCGUGGCCGCACUGCAACCCGAGUUGCCCGGCACUGCGCGACGCGCUCACGGGCCAGGAGGUGAGCGCCAUCGCCUUCCUCACCCAGCUGGGCUUCGACGUGCGCAGCAUGGCCUCGCAGCUCGGCAUGGACCCCGACACGCUGCUCAACGUGCUCAGCGACGGCACAUAGGGGCGGGGGUG